CGUUCACUGCAUUUGACGAAGAAGAACAGAAAGAAUGGGUUGAGAAAAUGGUGUGAGAAGCAGGGAGCAGACUGUUUGACGAAGAAGAAGCGAGAGCAAAGGGAAUCUCUAAUUUUGAUGUGGAGGAACAGAAACGACGUCGUUUCUGGUAGAGUUUUUAAAAAAAAAUUGCAAAAAAGCCUCAAAACGAUGCCGUUGAAUUAA